CUAAGGUAACGCCUAUGCCAUAAACGUGCAAGAGAAACAGAGAAAAGGAAAUGCAGAGAGCGACAGAAAUAGAGAAAGGCAAAUAGAGUGAGAGGGAAAGAGAAAAACAGAGAGAGAGAGAGAGUAAAAGCGGGUAGAUCUUUUUUUUUUUUUAAAGAAAAAUGUUGCCAAAAUCGAACAAGAAAGUUGUGGAGGGCAAAAGGUUUAGUCCUGUAACAACCGCGAAGGACUCAGCUACUACACCAGUUGGAGCCCUUACUCUAAAAACCAAAAGCCUGAUAUGGCCAGAGUUCACAGAUGUGGAUUCAGAGAAAUGGGAAUUUCUCGGUAAAGGAAAAGAUACGUCCAAGACAAAAUCCCCCGUGACCCAGUACUUCGAAGACCCUGAAGGGAAAAUUGAGCUUCCUCCCUCGUUAAAGGUAGAUCACUGGAAACGGCCUCAUGAAAUUUUAAGUGAUAAGAUACCUGUGAUUGUUGAAAAUAACUCGUUAAACAUGUUUGAUCUGGUCACUAACAACGAACAUCUUCAUGAAAGUGAGGUCAUGCGGAAUAUAAUUGGCCAGAUCAUUGCAUUAUGGGAGUUCAGCUCCCUCCCCGCGCCACACUUGUUUGCUGUCUCUGAUCCCAACACACCCUUUAUUAACUACACCCACAGCUGGAGACCCUGGGAACACCUGUAUGCAUUGUGCAAGUCAGGCAAAGGGCCACACAUGCCCCUAUACAAUCCACAUGGCAAAUACAUCGUCCGUUUAUAUUUCAUGGGCUGCUGGAGAAAGCUGGUCAUUGAUGACACUCUGCCGUUUAGCAAAGACAAGUUACUCCUACCUACAACAACACAACCACAUGAAUUAUGGCCCAUGUUACUCACAAAGGCACUACUCAAAGUUGCCAGCCUAAACUACACUCUGAACUGUGGAAGCAAUGAAAUUGGGGAAUUCAACGUCUUGCACACUUUAACCGGUUGGCUCCCUGAGGUAGUUCAAAUCACCCACAAAAACACAGAGAAAACCUGGCAGUUGCUGACCAAAGUGCUGCCAGAAUGGAAGCCAGAAGAUGCAACUGCAAAGGAAGAACCGGUUGUUGAAACACUCCCUGUUGAUGCUGUAGAAUCAAUCAUUGUCCAGCCAAGCAAAUCUAUCCAGAGGUGGUUUCAGCCAGGUUGGCAUCAAAAGGGUUGA